UUGGCGCAAGAAAUAUAUUUGAUUCAGUGAGUAACAUUUGACAGCCUUAACUUGUGAAAUGUAGAAAAGUUCUUGCAGGAAGCUCCGGCAGAAUAUGUAACAUACAAGAAGGUAUUCAGGGAACAGAAAAAUAAAAUCAAAGGAACCUGCUACCCAAUCUGUUUCAUUAAAUAUGAAAAUUAAAAUGCCUUAACAAAAUGCUUUCUCUUCCUCUCUCCUCCCAACAAACAAAAGCUUUGGUAGGCAGCCUGAAAUUGCUCAUCAAGGAAAAAGACCAGACUCGGAUUUUAAAUGGCUUCUUCUGAAUGAAGCAAUUAAUGCUAAAAGGAACAUGUUGUCUCCUCAGCAUUUAUAAGGAUGGUUUAUGAAGAUGACCUGGGUAAAAAGACACCCAGAGAUUUCAUGCUGUUGAUCCACAGAAAGCCUGUUACCGUCCACUCCGUUGAGUCAGGCCUCAGAGUCUGGAUCAUCCCUUACAGAAGAUCCAUGAUAAUAUUUCUGAUAUACCUCCAAGAAAGAAGAACUCAACCAGAAGAUAACCAUUUUGACUGUCUUUAAGAUCCAUGAUUCCUUUCUGCCUGGGAGAGAUUAUGAGGCUUCAGAGAAUUCAAAUAUUGCUCCUCAUCAAGGAAAUGGUUCCGUUUGUUAAAUGUGUGUGACCCUUCCGAUAAGUCACCAGAGGUGAUGAGGGAGAGAGAGAAAGAAAGCAAAUUACAACUAUAAAGAGUCUCUGAACGGUGAAACAUCAAAACAGUCAGUCUCUGGCUUUACUGGAUGAGUCACCAUUGCAGCCCGACCACAAAAACAAGCGUGGCUUCUGUACUUAGCAGCAGUCUUCCUGUCUGGAAAGGAAACGUUGCUCAGAUUGGAGAUACUGGCCAUUUUAUAGACUUCAAAGCAACUUAGGCAACUGAAUUGUCAGGCGGGAAAACAGGCUGAAGAAAUGUCAACAAUUGGGAGUUUUGAAGGAUUCCAGGCUGUGUCCCUGAAGCAAGAGGGAGAUGACCAGCCCUCUGAGACUGACCACCUAUCGAUGGAAGAAGAGGACCCAGGCAAGGACCCGAUGCCAAGACAGAUUUCAAGGCAGUCAAGUGUGACUGAAUCUACUCUUUACCCCAAUCCUUAUCAUCAGCCUUAUAUCUCACGGAAGUACUUUGCUACACGGGUAAAUUUAUUGAUGCCACAUGUGCCUCGGUAUUAUAUUGUAAUCUUCGAUGGACAAGGGUUGCCUCUUUCAUAUUUGGCAUUCCCUGAAGAGCAUACUGGCUGGAUCUCCCCUGAAAAAACUUAUUUGAAAAACAGAGAAUGCUGCUUAUUGGAUUUGGUGCAGAUAGACCACUGGAACAAUGAGCAGGAGAGAAUUCUGCUGGUCACGGACAAGACUGUCUUGAUCUGCAAAUAUGACUUCAUCAUGCUAAGUUGUGUGCAGCUGCAGCGGAUUCCUCUGAGUGCUGUCUAUCGCAUCUGCCUGGGCAACUUUACCUUCCCUGGGAUGUCCCUGGACAAGAGACAAGGAGAAGGCCUUAGGAUCUACUGGGGGAGUCCAGAGGAGCAGUCCCUACUGUCCCGCUGGAACCCAUGGUCUACUGAAGUUCCUUAUGCUACUUUCACUGAGCACCCUAUGAAAUACACCAGUGAGAAAUUCCUUGAAAUUUGCAAGUUGUCUGGGUUCAUGUCUAAGCUUGUUCCAGCUAUCCAGAAUGCCCACAAGAAUUCAACUGGAUCUGGAAGCAGAAAGAAACUGAUGGUGUUAACCGAACCCAUUUUGAUUGAGACCUACACAGGGCUGAUGUCAUUCAUUGGAAACCGCAACAAACUUGGCUAUUCCCUCGCCCGUGGGAGUAUAGGCUUUUGAGAGUCUUUUUGGUACCAUCAGUAUAUCAUCCAAAGAUAUGCCACUUGAAAAUUUCAUUUUGGCCCACCCUAUUUUUAGACUGAACCAAUUAUUUUUAAGUAAUACUUUAUGAUUUUGAAUAUUUAGUAUUUCUGAAAAUUUAAAAGCUUGAUUGGACUGAUAGAUACACACUUUAGACCUCAUACAGAAUAACCAAAUUUUCUUAAAACUAGAAAAUAAAUUCUGCUGAGCCUAUCAAGCACUGUUAUCAAAUGAGUGCCUGAUCAUCAACUUAGGAAAGAAGACUCUUUAGGUCCUGUUGCUUAAGCUCUCUAAAUGUAGGCAUUUUUUUUUUUUUUUUUUUUUUGAAGUCUUGGUCUUCAGCCCUCUUAUCCUGAUUUAUUCUCUCAUUGGGGGUCUCACUGUCUCUAGUAUUUUAGCUACCACUUUAUAAGGAUGACUUCCAAAUGUAUAUUCCCAUUCCCAGUAUUUAUUCCAAGAUUCAGUUUUGCAUUUCUGUCUGCUAAUCAUCUAAAUAUCAGUGUCCCAGUGGCCUCUUACAUUGAGCAGCAUCAAAAUCCUGGAUUUCUCUGUGGUAUUUAUAUGGUCCCAGUUAUCCAUUCCUGAAGUCCAUCAAUUUUGAUUUCUCUAGAUUCCUUGCCAAUGACAUCCUAUAUACAAUCCCAUCUCUAUAUGGCUGCAUUGUAUUCCAAUGCCCAAAUGUCAAACGGGAAGCUCAUUCUUUUAUCAAAAUUGUUCAUCUAUUCUUCCUUUCCAUGCUUAUAGCUGUAUUAUUAGGUCAGGUUUUUAAUUCUGCUCAACAAAUUAUUACCACAGCCUAUUAAAUGGAAUCCCUACUCCAAGGCUAACUGUUUCAAUCUAUCCUACAUUUGGUUUCUAGCUCAUUUACUUUUGCCAUCUUUUGUUCAAAUAUAUUUUCUUAAUAGCAGAUCUUUUUCUUUCCCGACUUAGAUCUAAUUUUCAACAACCCAGGAAAUUAUCUCAUAUGUUUGCAUCUCUCAAGUUUCUUUUCUUUUUUAUUUCAGAAUCUUAUUUUAUCUAAAUUUAUUUAGGAAAAAAAGCUUUGAAUGUUGACUACAUAGACAUUACUACAAUAAGCUUUUUGCCUUUCUCAAGACUCAAAAUUGACACAUCUUGGUUUAUAUUUAAGUAGAAAAUUCCAGCCAACUUUUUUUUUGACUUUUAUGUGAAGUUGAAAAGCUUGCUUUUCAAAGAAGAUUUGUCCUCUGAUAUAUUUAUAAACAUCAAUUUAAUGCAGACAUUCAACCCCAAACCUUGAAUAACUCUCAUUUUAUUUUGUCUUUGUUUACUUCCAUUAAUAUUUUUUUAUUUCCCUCUCUUCCGCCUUUACAGCACCCACUUUUUCUUCCCCCCAUGAUGGCAAAUAUUGUUAUAGUCCCCAAGGCGGGGAACUUCUAUUCAGACUGUAAAAGGAAAUGUUGAAAUCCAUAGCUGUCCUGUCAACAGUAGUGGAAUGAAAAGUCGUUGGAUUGUUUUGGCACUGGUUCUGAAGCAGGCAUAAUUGGCAAAUUAUUAUAAUACUGCUGCCCGAAAAUCCCCAUUUGCCUCAAGAUAGUGGCAUUUAUUGGCAGAAGCCUCUGAAAUGUCCAACACAUUCUUUUGAGUUACCAUUUAAGGAUCAGCCUGACAAUCGACUUCUCUCUGCACAUUUGUCCCCUUUGUAACCUAAGCCAGACUGUUCCCAAAUGACCUUCUAAAGGACACAGUGCACCAUCAUCAAUGGAAACAGUUCAGAAAGGAUGACAGGAGGGAGAUGUUUCUUAGUUCUGAGAGGCAGUCUGUAACAAUGGGAUAAGCAUUUAAUGGAAUCAAAGCUGUUUUCCAUAAGGAGUGAACUGAGAGAUGACAUGAGGGUCUUUAUGAAUUCCCUUCAUAUUUUGUGAAAACUGUCAUAUAUAGGAUAUCCCAUUAAUGGAAAAAGGGGAUCUAGAAAGCAGUAUUAUGACCAGAGGGUGAGAAGAUUUAGGAAUUUGGAUAGCAGUUCAGUAUAAGAAAAGAUUUCUUACAGUUAUACAUUUUCAAUGAUGGAAUGGGUUGCUUUAAACAGUGAGCCCACCAUCACUUGGUAUGUUCAAGGAAAGACUAGAUAAAGUAGAUAUUGUAAGAGGAAGUGCUGUGUGAUACCAUUUGGAGAAAUGAUUGACAUAAUCUUUUAAGGCCAGUGAUCCUAUCAUUUUCCAAAUAAUUGUUGCUAGUACUUAGUUAAUUAGACCCAUUUUUUCCUUAGGAAAGAGUUGGAUCAAUCAUGGGAGACCCUGAAAAAUAUCCUUAACUUUCCUAAGGUUUAAUGUCUUCUUCUGCAAAAUGGAGACAAUUAUAUUACUUUUGCUUAUUUCAUGAGGAUUCGAUGAAAUGAGGUUAAAUUCUUUUAUUAAACAGAAAGUUUUGAGUAUUUGCCUAGACAGUGAUGUGACUUUUGCAGGAAAAGGUGGGAAAACAUCUAAGGGAACUAAAUUUCCUCCAGAAAUUGUUUCUUCAUUACCAUGGACCUACUGAUCAUGGUUUUCUCAUUUUGCACUUGGUGUCCUUACGUGGGCUCUUUGUCUUUAAGCUCAACAGGGAGCCACAACCCAGGGGACCUAUAUGUACACUUGGAGUUUUUAUCAGAUUAUCAUUUGAACUUGCCACUACAGUUUAGCAAAUGCCAUCAUGAGUUUGAUUGAUGAUAGGAGUAGACACAAGAUAUGUUAAGUAUAGUACAAAGCAUUUCAUAACCAAAAUGUCAUGGUUGGAGGUCUUCAUUAUUUGAUCUUUAUCUCAUUCAGGAAUUUCCACUAGAAAAAUCUCUGAUAAGCUUUAUUUCAGAAACCGCUUGAACAACUCCAUUGACAAAUGUCUCACUGUCUUCUGAUAUAUCGUAGGCAGUUCUGAGGGUGAGAAAGUUCAAAGGAGAUAGAUAUUUUAACAAAACAGGAGGAGUUUUAAACAAUCACCAGGACUCACUCCUUGGUGGUCAAUUUGGCCUCUUUGGAAGCCUGACCUUUGGUCAUCUUACGGUCAUCUAAGGCAGAAAAGAGAAGCUCACUUAUAAGUUGGCUACUUUUGAAUCAUUUGCCUUAAGGUCCAUUUUUUAUUGAGUCUUUGUUGAAACAUCCUGAGGAAGCCAAUUUAUAGAGUUCUGGUGAUAAGAAGGCAGAAAAACCAUGUAAAUUCAGUGCUUUUAUUUCACAGAAGGUGAAGCAAAGGCCUAGAAACUAAAAAGACAUUUCUGAAAAAGAAGAUGGUGAUUUUUUGGAAAUACUGAGAUUAGAUUAGACUAUAUCUUCCAAUUUCUAUCCCUAGCCCACUGUUCUUUCCAAUAUAAUAUCUGUAUUCCCUGGGAAAGACUUGACAUCUGAAUUGAUGUAUCAUAGUUGUGGAGAUAAUUUUGAAGGGAGAAAACAAUAGGGCACAGUCGUUUGGGAGGAAUUUCCAGAAAUUGCCAUCAUUUUCUUAAAGGCUAAGGACACUCACAGAGCUCUCUGGUUUCCUAUCUGAUAAAAAAAGAAGCCCAAACAAAGCUGCGGAAGCUGGCAGAGCCAGCAGAUAUUUUGUAAGGCAGCUUCACCUCUGCUGGCAUUUUGUGGGGCAGGAGAGGGGGAGGGCAAAAGUAUUAAAUUUAGGCUUAAAAGCUCCUCAGAAAUUCUUUAUACACAAGAGACCAAGUUGGAGAAAAGAAGAUGACUUGUGCCAAGGGGAAGAAAGAGAGAGACUAAUGCCUGUGGUUUUCAAAGGUUAACAACAACAUAAAAAAGCCAAGGUAUUUGCACAGGGAUGAAUGCUCAUUGGCUCUUGGCCAACAAUUAUACAAGGGCUUGUGCCCACAUCCUGUAGCUGUGGUUUAGGGACGCUGCUCAUGAGUGACUUCUUAUGCUUAGUGGCAGGAAACUUUAGUCACUGAUGUGUAAACUCACCUUUGGUCUGCACCUCCCACAACGUGCUCCGAAAGCAGUUAGGGGACUAGGCCUCUUGAUUUCCUUGUAGAUACCAGUUUCCCAGAAGCUAAGGAAAAACUCUGUUUGAGGCCUUGGAGUUACUGAGAGCUGACCAAUACUUGCCUUAUUCUACCUGAUUUUGGCAACUGCUUAGGAUAAUUCUGUAUCCACAAAAAGGAAUUAUGAUAUCCCCUGCUAAACUCUCUCUUUAGCCUCAAAGCCCAAAACCAAAAAAAGAGAGCCAUAUUUCAUUGCAGGCCUGCAGCCAAUGUGAAAUAUGAGGAAUAAAGUUAUGAGACUGCUUCUCAACCUA